AUGGGCCAAAAUCUAGUGCUAAAUAUGAGCGAUCAUGAUUUUACAGUUUGUACCCAAAUCAUAAGUGCACAUUACAUUGAAAAGCUUUACUUAAAAUUAAAACGCCCAAGAAAGAUAAUGUUAUUGAUAGAAGCAGGCACAGUUGUUAACUCCUAUAUUGAGUUACUUCUGCCUUAUCUAGAUCAAGAUGAUGAUAAUUCUUAUUUUCUAGAUUCUAUUCGUCGUGAUAAGGAUGUUAGAUAUGAAUGUUAUUGUAUUUGUUGUGAAAAAGUUCUCUCAUUGAUGCCUGGUGACGGUCAUUCAAAAAUAUGGUCUAUCAUUCAACCUAUCUUUCAAGCUAUUGCCGCUAAAGCUUCUGAUGUCUCUCCAUGUUGUGAUGGGAUCAUUAAUAAAUCAAGAAGUGGGCAUUAUGUCAAGAUGGUUCACAACAGUAUUGAAUAAGGUGAUAUCCAAUUAAUCUGUGAAAUUUAUCUACAUAUUAUAAAAGACUUUAAGAAAAUUACAGCUACUUUUGAAGAUUGGAACAGAGAUGAAUUAAACUCUUUCUGUAUUGAAAUUAUACGAGGUAUUCUUCGAUGGUGAACAUCUUGUGGAAAAGAUUUUUAAUACACAACGUUAUCAUCGAUUUACUCCAGUCCUGAUCUUCCUCGACAUCAAAUCAGCUUAUGACACUGUUUACCGAUCCUAUAUAUGGCGAAAAUUUUCAACCUUUUGCACCAACACUGUUGCUUGG